AUGAGUUCUACGGAAGCCUUUGCUGACCUGAAUCACUUACCAGAGGAGAAUAAGGAGUCUCCUGUACCCCAGACAGAUGAAAAACACAUAGAAAUUAAAGAGAGUGACAAAGGAGAGAUCAAAGAGCUACAAAAUGAUGUCAAUGAGAAGGCUGAGAGUUCAGUGGAGUCAGAAGAGAAUCAGGUGCUACCAAGUGUUGUAAAAGAUGGUGCUGUAGCUUCUGGAGAGUCUUCUGAAAAGAAAAUGAUUCAAAAUGUGGAAAAUGAGAGUUCAGAAGUAUUAGUAGAACCAGAAGAUGAUAUGGUGCUUCCAAAUGUUGUCAAGGAUGUCUCAUAUGCUUCUACACCUGAAAUUCUAGAAAAAGACAAGGCUGAGAUUGAAAAUGAAUCUGGAAAGAAUAACAAACUACAAACAUUUGAUAAAGUUGAAUUUAAAACAUUAGUUGAGAAACAAGAUGCUGAAGUAAAUCAAUAUGAGACUGGUGACAGUUCUGCUACUACAGAAGAGAUUGAGAACAGAGCUGAUGUUAAUCAACAGUUACAAACAGACACUGAAACUGAGAAAAAAUGCUCUGCAAACCUGGGAAAACAAGACCAGCCAACUUGUACUGAAAAGGUAGUUGAUUCUGUGGAACAACCUGGAAACACAACCUCUAUUAAUGAAGCCAAAGACUGUUCUAAUGAAAAAACAAAUAUCACUGCCAAUAUUGAAGAAGAACAGCAGCAAAUAACUGAUGAUAAACAAAAUGAUCCUUUAAUUGCUGAAAUUACAGAAGUUCCAGAAAAUGUAAAACCAGAAGAUUCAAAAGAAUCUAUAAACACUGAAAACACAGAUGAACAAGUUGGUGCUGAAAAAAUAGAAGACUAUAGAAGAGAUUGGCCAGAGGAAAGAUCUAAACAUCCAGAAGAAGUUGGUACUGAUGGUAGUUCUGCUGUAGGAGCUGAAAACAUAGAGGCUGAUGCCGGAGAGAAGAAAGAUAGACAUACAGACUCCAUAUCAGAGGUAACCAGUGAAACCUCGGAGUCGCCUGAAAGUCUUCCAUCGUGUGACCAGUCUGAGAUUACAACUACUCAAGUAGAAGAAGAAACUAUCCAAUCAAAUUCACCAAAAGCUGAACUUUUAGCAGAAUGUGAUAAUCAUGAAAAUCCAGAAUUAGCUCAUAGUGAAAGGACAAGUACUUUAGAAAGUGAUCUCAAUACAAACGAAAUUCGAGGCACUUUUAAUGACUCGGUAGUAGUAAGUAAAAAUGACUCAAGUAACAACAAAGACACAUGUACUGUUGAUAAUGAAAAUGCUUCUAAGAAGUCAGAGAAUAACAGUGAAAAUCUAACGGAAAGUGAAGAUAAACUUGCUAAUUGUUCAGAAAAACUAAAGGACAUAGAAAAUAAAGCUGAGACUAUUGUAUCAAUUAGUGCUGACAGUAGAACGAAAGGUGCUGUAGAAAGUGACUUAUCAUCAGGAAAUACUUCACCUGAAGCUGUAUCAUCAGACAAAGAAGGAAUUAAAAGUGAUUCAGAGAAUUCUGUUAAAUUGCAGUCUGAUGUUUUAAAUGAUAGUGACACUGCAGAGAAAGUACAUGAAUUAAAAGCCCAAACACCAUUAGAGAAUGAGGAAAAAGAACAUGUUCCUGAAAAACUUGAGAUAGAUAAGAAAGAUAAUAGUGAGAAAAAUUCAAAGCAAUUUGAAGAAUCAAACUGCAAAGGUGAUAAAAACAUUGAAAAGUUAGUAGAGCUACAUGAUGAAGUGAAGGCUGUGAAUGAAGUGUCAACUUCAAGUGACAAACAGAAUAACAGAAGUACUGUCAUUAGUGAAUAUAGGGUAAUAGUUGAUACUUCGAAUAAAAAGUAUUUAGAAAUUGCUGCCAUAGAAACGGGAAUGGGUAAUUCACAAUCAAAAGAAAGUGAUUUAGAUAGUUUUGAUGAUAAAGACAAAUCAGACUUUGACUCUGAUGAUUUACUAUUUUCUCCUGCAAAAGAAAGCCAUAAUAAGGAGUUCCUUGGGAGUAUUUCACCAAAGUCAAAAGGUGAUCCUUUAGAAAACUCUGAUUCAGGCAGUAGUAUUGUUGAUUUACAAAUUGGAAAGGAUACUCCAAAACAGUUUCAGGAGUACAGGCCAAGAUCAGGCAGUGCUGAAAGAAAUGUUUUUGAUGUUUUUCCUGUGGAUAUACCAGCUAGUUCAGAAAAUUCAACCACUACUGAAAGUGAAAGUGAAUAUUCAGAAGCUAGUGCAGAAGUCAUAGUUAACCACGAAGAACAUCAAAACACUGUAUUACAAAAUGGUGCACCAGAAGCUUCUGCAAAGGCAGCUUCUGACUUUCUUAGUUCUUUUGAAAAGUUUCUUCAAAACCAAAGUCCGGAUGAACGUAGUGAUUCUGCUUCUGUUAAAAGUGAAGAAUCAAUGAAAAACAUUGUUGUUAGUAAUGAAAUUUGCAAAGCUAGAAGACGCCCAAUAUUCAAAACUUUUGCAAAGUCUCAGAAAUUCAGAAGAGCUUUGAAAGAAACUAAUGCCAAAGAUACUACAUCAGAUUCUGAUGAAUCGGAUGUGGUUAUGAAAGCAAAGCAAAAGUAUCAGUGUAUGAAAGAACUUAGGGUGUCUUUAAAUGCAACUGACAUUGAUAGUUCAAAUUCCAAUAGUGUCAGUGGAAAACCUUCAAAAACUCUUCAGAAGAAUUUUAUUGCUAAAUCUAAAUUUGCUCAAACCAACAUUGUGAAACCAACAAAGGAGUCAGAAUCAAAUUCAGGACUUGAACAAUUAAAAAGAGAACCUAUACUAGCUAUUGGUGAUGAUUUAAAUCUUGAAUCAAUGAAAUCUCCAAUAAGAGUUUCAAUAGAGGAAAGUACAAAACCGCUGAAAAAACGCAGUCAUAGAGGGGAUAAUGAAAUAGUUCACCCAAGUGAGUUGAUUGAUACAAAUUUAUCAUUGAACAAAUAUGCAAGUAAAACAAACUUUGAAAAAACUUCAGAUGUUAGUGAUAUUGAUAAACUUACCUCAGACAGUGACUUGACUAGUGACAAUAGUGACAAGCUUCAUAGAUCAAGAGAAAUAUUGACUGAUCCUACUAUUAAUAGCAAGGAAUGUUUUGAAAGUUCUACUGAUACAAAUGAAGAGCAGUCAACGAGAAAAUUGCCUUUGAUUAAAUCAAAACGAUUAAAGAAUGCAGCUAAAAGGACUAGACAAUCUCAAACUAAAUCAAGUUCUAAAUUGCCACCUUUAUCUCCUAAAGUUGUUACAAAGUAUGAAAAGCCUGACAGUGAAGAAAAUAGUGAUGCAAAAACUCAUAAUUUUUGCAAGCCGAAAUUAGAUGCCAUACACAGAAAAGUUGAUAAGCAUAAGGUUGAUAAGGAUAGUUCAGUGAUUAAGAAAUAUCCAGAAAGAACUUGUAAGCUUAGAAUGAAAGGUUCAGGUAAUACAUCUUCAGAAAGCACUGCCACUGUCAGUAAGAAAGAUAACACAAAGUCAAAGGCAAUUGUGUCUUCCAAAAAGAACACUGAUAGUGGGCAGUCUGAUAAAGAACCUUUAGCUAAUGUGAAAAAGAAAAAGAGAAAAAGAAAAGUGAAACCUUGGUCAUGGGGAAAUGAGAAAAAGAGGUACAAACCAAAACCAAAAGUUGAUUCAGAAGUGUCAGAUUUGACUGAGAGUGAUUGGAGUUCAAAUGUAGAGCAUGAAGCGAAGCAAACAAAGUCUUUAAAUAAAGCAAGUGAUAGUGAAAUGACUGAUACUUCACAAGGGUGUUCAGAGCCCUUGUUAAUGAGCUCUGAUGAAAGUGAACACUUAACAAAUGUGCAAUCUGGGGAUUUAAAAUGUGAACUUUCUGAUACAAAUUGUAAUGAAAUGGAGAAAAAUGAUAAUUUAUCUGAAGACCAUGGUGUUUUAAAAGAUGAAAAUCAUUCAAAUGCAGAAGACCAUCACAUAAGUGAUGAUAAUAGUAGUUCAAAAUCUAAACCGAAAACUAAAAAUUCUAGAAAAAAGGGUAAAUCUAAGAAAGGAAGUCAGAAAAAGGUAAAAAGUCAAGUGAAGAAUUCCUGUUCAAAUGUUGAGGAAGACUUAGCGGAUCUUGAAAAUCCAGAUUUGUUAUUCCCUGCUGAUAAACAUGAAGAAAAUCACUUUGGUGGUUUUCAUAUAGAAGGUAAUGAUCAUGAUCUUCAUGAAAACUUUCCACCAAAUGUUUCACCAGACAGUGGUAUACAGUCUCUUACAGGGUCACCAGCUGGCCAUGGUCAUGAAUCUCCAAAUCUAGCUUUGAAUCAUCAGUACUUAUUAAAUGCUCCUUCUAUUAAAGUAUCAGCAUGUUCUUCUUCACAACAAGUUAUUGACUCGAAAAAUGGAAUUGUUUCAAGUAUUUUAUGUGCGGCAGCUUCUGCGAGUUUAAGUUCAACCUCAGUCACUACCUCUGUUAUUUCAUCAACAGAAACUGUUAUUGUUUACUCAAAAAGUGUUCCAAUAUCAUCAGCAACUGCUACUGUGUCAUUUAAUUCAUUACCACCUUGUGAUAUGCUUACUUCAAGCACUAAUUCAAUGGCUUACCCAGUUUUAGAUGGUGUACAUUUAAAUAUGGAUUUAACCAAAGAUGCUUGCUCCAAAAAGAAAAAUCGUGCUAAGUUUCUUCAGCGUCACAAGGCUAGUACCCUUCUUCAGAAAGGGAGAUUACCAACUGAAGAAGAGAAAGAACAAAGACUUGAAGAUAAGUUUGAUUAUUUGAGUCGAAUUGGUGCAAAACCGGUUUGUGAUGAAACUGAGACGUUACACAAAGAUUAUUGUAAUGUUAAGAAGACUCUGUAUGAGAAAAAUCAAAAUAGUCAUUCUGGAAAUAAUAAGAAUCCAAGUGUAACAGAAAGUGUUAAACAUAAUUCUGUAGUACAUGAAAACGACCAAACAUUUAGUGAUUUAAUAAGUGGAAAUGAUAGUGAAAGUAUUACAAGUAAUGAGGUCAUGAUGAUUGCUGAUAUCACAAAAUAUGAUAAAAAUAAAAAGAAAAGAGGCAGAAAAAGUUCUAAAAAGAGUAAAAAUAGUAAAAAGAAUGAUGCAAGUGAAAUUGAAGUGAAAAGUAUUGAGCAUUCUUCAGUGAAUAAAGAACAUCCGUUGACUUUAAGGUUGGAAGAAAGUUUUGAGAAAUGUGAUUCAAGUGCAGAAGAAAAUGUGAAUAAACUCAUAUCAGAGCAUGAAAAUGAGAAAACAAAUUUGAAAGAAAAUCAAAAUAAUACUAAUAGUUUGUCUAUUGAGGAAAAAAGCAUAAGUGAUAUUAACAAUGAUAGUGAGGAGAGAAUUAAUGAUCAAUCUGAAAACUCUGCUCACCAAAGUGAAGAACGCCCUCAAGAAUUUCAUUUUGAAGAAACAAAGUAUGAAAAUAUUUCAGACUAUGAAACUUCUGAUAAAAUAACGAAUAAUUAUGAAAAUGAAGUAACAGACAAUAAUAGAGACAUGUCAGAAUCUUCUGAAAUCAAAAGUGUUGAAAAUGUAUCUAUACAGACUGGGACACAUUCUAAACGGAAAGGUCGAACUAAAAAGAAAAGAGGUAGAAGUAAAGGGUUUAGUUCAGAAAGGAGUAUUGAUACAAGUUCUGAUAGAAGCCAGGAUACAAGCUCUGAAAGAAAAGAUCAAAUGUUUGUCCAUAAAUCUCAAAAAGUUGACAGAAAUGACAAUGUUUCAAAGGUUUCUGAUCCUAAACAUGACUUUGUUUUUCCUUCACCUAAUGCUGUUGUAAACAGUGAUUUACAGUCUGGUGUGACAAGUUCAGAUUCUUUAGCAUCGGAAGCGACCUAUAUUUAUUCCUGCCCACAAGAUUCUUCUGUGUCUGAAUAUGAAACAGAAACUGACAGUGAAGUUAAUAAAGACAAAAAUGUAGCUUCCAAAGAAAUAGUGACUGGUGUGUUUAUUGAAAGUAAUGCGUCUGACCCUUUGUCUUUAAAUUCAGAGAUUACAGACUUUGACAAAGGUAAAGACAUGUCUGACAUUGUUCCAGUGAAAAGGAAACCUGGGCGGCCCCCUAAACAUAAGACAAAAACUCCAGCACAAGGGAUAAAUGGAACUAAACUAUUGAAUAAAAUAACUGCCUCACCUGCUUACAAGUCAGCCCAAUUCAGGUCACCAGCCUAUCGGUCUUCACCAUACAAAUACCAUCCUGGAAGAACACCACCUUUCAAAUACAUGGCCGGGCGAACCCCACCCUACAAACCAUUUCCAAUAAGAUCUCCCGCAUAUAAAUCUUUCCCUGGAAAAUCACCUCAAUAUAAAUGUUUCCCUGGAAAAACUCCACCAUACAAACAGAAAUAUCAAGAAUUGAUCAUUAAAAGAAAAAGAGGGAGACCAAAGGGAUCUAAGAAUAAAAUCAAGGAAAUCUCCAGUGAUCUAAAUGAAGCCCAGGAACAAAUAAUGGCUGUUCCUAAACCAAGAGGAAGACCGCCUUUGAUAAAAGGAAAACGCCCAAGAGGGAGACCAAAAGGGUCUGGGAAUAGAACAAAGUCAAAUACUGUUCAAGAGAAAUUGGGGAACAAUGAAAAUGAACAACCUGUUGAGGUAUCUAAGCCCAUGAUGCAAUGGCGAGAGAGUCGAAUUAUCCCUGAAGGGGAGGAGAAAAAGAAACGUGGUAGAGGACGGCCGCCGAAAAAUUCUCACACACUCGAACCAAGUAAAAGAAAAAAUAGUCCAAAAGGUAAAGAGAUCCAGCAGAGAAAGCCUGGGUCUGAGUCUGGUGACAACAAAACUUCUGUCAGAGAUGCCAUAGAAUCUUUGGCAGCUCAAAGUUUACCGGUGAGUAGUCCUAUAAGAAGCGAAGUGUCGCAGGGGAUGUCCGAGGAGUGGAUGUCUGAUACAAGUGGCAGUUUUGUUAAAGAAAAAGCAAAGCGUAAGAAAGCUAAUGCCGAAGUGAAAUCCAAAUACUUAGAUACUGGAGAUGGUAUUCUUCAGCCUCCAAGAAUGUACCAGGAACCAGAAUCUGAUAUCGGAACUGAUUUCAGUAGCAGGGAACCAGCUCAGUCAGUUAGCUCCCUUGACUCGGACACCAGCGGUGGUGGAAGUAGUCUUGGCGUUAAAACAUCAGCUAUUCAAAUGUGGAUGGAAAUAAGUAAACACAGAAGGAGAAAAAAUAAGAAGAAACUCCUGCAUUUUAGGAGUAAACAUAAAAAUAUAAUAGACCCUGUGUUUAAUGCUGAGGUAGAUUAUCUAACAAAUAUGGUUCCCAGGUUGUCUAUUUCCCCUAGAGGGGAAACAUAUCUGAAAGUGAGGCCAGGGGAAAUGCCCUUGCCAUCUAUUUUUAGAAUAGCAAGAAUAGAUGUGAAGAAAAAGAAAAAGGAUAAACUGUUUGUUUUUGAAAAAGCAAAACCAUUAAAACCAAAGAAUGAUUCAGAACUUUCAACGAAAGACAAAAUUCGUCUAGGACGUAAAAUAAGUAUGCUCGGUGAAAAUUUUCUGGAUUUUGACGACUUGAAUAGUUUACAACAGUGCAACUUACCUCCAAAGAAACGACUUAAACUCUUCUCAACUAUGGGAACAGACGAAGAGAGCCUCUCAGAUAGUCAUCCUAAACCUGAGAAGCGUCAGAAGGGUCGUCCACGGAAAAUACAGUCAGCUAGUCCACAGUCUAAAUACGCAUUUGGUGAAAGUCAGCAUCCAAAGGACCAUUUCAACAUGGGAAAAGAUGGUUCAGAAGAUAUGGCAUCAUUUGCAUCUGUGGCGAUGUCAGGCCAGUCUCUGACAGCUUUCUCGCCAUCGAGAGAAUCGUUACCGUCUUUGCCGGACCUAUCGAAUGUAGCCAAUCUUGAGGCUCUCCUUGAGACCAAUCCAUCUUGUUCUGUACAGAAUACAAGACAUGUUCUGCCCGAGGGUACGGAGAAUGAGUAUAGUGGCACAAAUACUGUGUCUGAAUGGAUUUCACAAGAACUUGGGGGCGUCAGCCAAUCACAGUUGGAGACUGUAUCAUGUGACAUACAGUCUCCCAAAUCAUGUGACAGGUGCUCUAUAAAUCAGUCAUGUGAUCAAGAGGACUCUAGUGGUAUAGAAAGUACAACAACGACUGGGACUCAAUUGUCCGGAAAACUUUUAAACCGAAAUGUGCGCCAACUGAAAAGGAAAUACCGCAAAAGAGCGAAGUCGCCACUUUUAAAGAAGCCAAGAAAUGAGACUUCUGAGACAAAUGUAGUGAGUCAAGACGAUUUAAGUGGUGAGGAGUCUCAGGAUUGGUCCGUCAGGUCGGUGUGUUCAGAAUCAGAGCCUCUGCCGAUUAUUUAUCAAGACAAACGUAAACUUGACAGCGAGGAAGAGUUUGAGACAACAGACUUGAAAAGAGGCAAAGUCCAAAAACGGCGUGUGUCUGAUGAUGACCAGGAAAGUGAUACAAGUAUUGUAAAACGUCGAGAAGGAGUGUUCCAAAAGAAAAAAUACCAGAAAGCUGGUCUCUACUCGGACUCCUACAAAGACGAAGAAACAUUGAGAGAGAAGGAUACAAGCAGCAUGAUAUUCCAGUUUGAUCUCCCGUUACAUUUUGGUAAUCAUCAGCUCAAGAAUACGACCGACUUUCAACUUCCGUACGAUGUCUGGUGGCUUCAUUUUAACGAUAUGCUGCCAAAGAAAGGUGAUGGUCAGCAGUACAGAAGGAUUAGAAACAACAUCUACGUAGAUGCACGGCCUUCAUGUAGGUAUGAGGCUCACUCCUGUAACUGCCGGACUCAGCCAAACAAUGAGAAAGCCUGUGGGGAAGACUGUCUGAACAGGUUGAUUUACACCGAGUGUUCGCCGGAUCUGUGUCCAUGUGGUGACCAGUGCUCAAACCAGGGUAUUCAAAAGCAUCAGUUUGCCCAGGGUUUACAGAAAUUCCUUACAAAGGACCGAGGAUUUGGUGUACGCACAACGAAAUCGAUCAAAAGUGGAGAUCUGAUCACGGAGUAUCUAGGUGAGGUUGUAAGCGAGCAAGAAUUCCGACGUAGAAUGACGGAGGAGUAUUCGCAGGAAUGUCAUCACUACUGUUUAAAUCUCGACAGCGGCACUGUGAUCGAUGGAUACAGAAUGGGUAACAUCGCACGAUUCGUGAAUCACUCGUGUGAACCGAACUGCGAGAUGCAGAAAUGGAAUGUGAAUGGCACAUAUCAUAUGUGUUUGUUUGCCUUGAAGGACAUUGAGCCAGGGGACGAGCUGGUGUAUGAUUAUAACUUCCAGUCAUUUAAUCACGAUGCACAGCAAACUUGUAAGUGUGGCAGUGAGUGUUGUCGGGGCAUUAUUGGUGGGAGGAAACAGUGGCAGAAUGGUCAGGUGAAACCGCCUGACCGCAUGCCUGGCAAAGUGAUGAAGGGCAAGUUCGGGAAAGAUAAACGCAAGUCAAAAGUGAAACAGGAGAAAAACAAGGACAGUCCAAAGACCAAAUACCCAAUGCAGCCUGUGAUUACAAACUCUUCGUACAAUCAAACGAUGCCAGUAGCUUGCAGCACGUCCAUCCCUGCGUAUUUGUCUCCCUUGUCACUUAAACCUAUCACAAAGAAGGACAGAAACUACGCUCGUGAACACGCCAUAUUCUUGGUGCGUAAUUUGGACCGGUUGAGAAAUAAGUUACGCCAAGAACAGGACGAGCAGAAGUCGACCAACGAUGAAGAUUACGUGAAAGGCACCCACUUUACUAAGAAAGAUGUGUUUAUCACACAAUUGACCGCACUGAAAACUUCUCGAUCAGUGAAGACACGGCGUCUUACGGUGGCGGAGGAAGAUUCGGAACUUGGCAAGAUGGCGAGACUUGCGGGAGUGUGCAGAGAAAUUUUCUCGGCUCUAACUGCUGCUAAAGAUGACGAUGGUAUGUACAUGGCGACAGAUUUAUACCACCUACCGUCCCGUAAGAAGCAUCCGCUUUAUUACCAGAUGAUCGUGGAGCCUAUAGAUCUUACAAUGAUUGAGAACAGAAUCCUCUCGGGCGAAUACCAUAGCAUUGACAUGUUUGAACGAGAUGUCAUGAAACUUUUCCAAAAUGUUGAGAUGUAUUGUGGGAAGAAGUCGGAGAUGGGGGAACGAAUGAAGCAGCUGAGAUUGGUGUACAACACCGCAAAGAGGGUCGAGAUGAACCAACUGAACGAGAUACUGGGUCAGGACAGUCUGGCCGAUACACAGUCUGGAACGACGUCCGAUGCCGAGAGUAUGGACAAUGUUCAGGUGGCGACGCCUGCCAUGUCGACAUCAGGAGAGUCAGACAUUAGCGAGGGAUUUGAUAAUAACAAAGAAUGGACAGCGGGGGAGGAGGAAGAAGAAGAAGUUAUAAACUGUAUCUGUGGUAUAUACAAGGAUGAGGGUCUGAUGAUACAGUGCGAGAAAUGCUAUAUCUGGCAGCAUACCGACUGUAUGAAGGUGAAAGGUGAUGAGGAGAAUUAUUUAUGUCAUGAAUGUGACCCCAGACCUGUUGAUAGGGAAGUUGAGAUAGUAACCAAUCCAGAUGAGGAAGUUCAUCAUGAUGAUGGGAACCGGUACUAUAUGACCUUGAUGAGGGAUGAUAUGCAAAUUAGGCUUGGUUCCUGUGUCUAUGUCAUGAAGGAAAACCAGUCUCGACGAUACUCCUAUAAGAAAUCUGGCGGUCUGAACAAAGAAAGAAUGGACAUAUUUAGGAUCGAACGAUUAUGGAAAAAUGAUAGGGGAGAGAAGUACGCCUUUGGACAUACGUAUGUGAGACCACAUGAAACAUUUCAUGAACCGACAAGGAAGUUCUUCCCUAAUGAGGUAUUCCGCACCCCACUGUUUGAGGCAUUUCCACUGGAGUCUAUAGUUGGAUAUUGCUGUGUUCUUGACUUGCUGACAUUCUGUAAAGGUCAUCCGAAGGGUUACAAAGAAGAAGAUUUAUACAUCUGUGACUAUCGCAUGGAUAAAACUCUACAUCUCUUUUAUAAGAUCUCACCAAAAUUAAGAUACCCAGUGAAUACCAAAUCCUACUGUUUUGUAAUGUAUAACAAAAGAAGGAACCCAAAGAGAACAUAUUCUCCUCAUGAAGUGCCAGAAGCGUACAAGAGAAACUGGAGAGAGAAAAGUUCAAGCAGCACAGAGGGACAACAAGAAAAGAAGUCCACAGUAGAUGAAGAGGAAAAUGUCCCUUUGCUCAAAGUUAAAAUUGAAAGGCGUAAAGAGAAAAGAGAUCGGGUGAACAAGAUUAUGGACUCAUUGAGCAAAGGGAUUGCGUCGCCAAGCAAGAAAAGAAACGACUUGUCGUACCUCCUUACUAAUACCAACUACGGGAGAUGAGACCAAAUAUUUCAGAGUUCAAAAACUGUUGGACCAAUGUAACACAGAGUUGUCCCCCUUGUUGAGAGGUUGUACAGAAUUUGUAGAAUAUAAGGAUUGGACAUAAUUUUACAUUGUAUAAUAGUAAAGUGUUUUAUUGAUUGUUAUAAGAAUGACGGAAUUUACCGAGUUUUGUUUUUCUGUCGUGGAAGUUGUUAUAUGAUGACUAAACAAAGGAUAACUUGAAAAAGGUUUCUUCUCUAGUGUUAAGCUUGUGGAGAAGUUGAACAAAAUGUUUCAGACAAUACAGCAGAUGAAACAAUGGAUACUUUAUAGUGUAGAAAAAUACGAUAGCUUUAAAGGCGUUAAAAGUGAAUGGGUUUUUUCUGAUGGAAAUACGUUUUAAUAUUUACAAUUUUCUUUAUUUGAGGACGUGUUAUGGAAAUCUUCGAUGAAGGUUUAUGCUGCGUUGUGAUGUUUAUAUACCUUUAAAAUGGCAUGAAUUGAAAGAGAUCUUGAUUAACUAGGGCAUUGAAAAGUCCCGCGGGGUGACCCAUUUUAUGUACUGUGUUGGAAUGCUUGUUUGAAUUUUUUUUUUUUUUUUUUUUUUUUUUGUGUAAUGCGAGUUGUUGCCGAUAAACCAUCAUAAGAUGUUUGGUUUAUGUAAAUGUGAUGUGAAUGGUUGUCAAUGAAAUUGUAUCGAGAAUCUCCAGAAAUGAAAUUUGAUUAUGACGUCGUACUCCGACUGGUUCCAGUCGCGGGCAUAUUUUUAUUGUUGUCAUCUGGAAUAUGGUACCAAUAUGAGAGCAUUUUGUUCGCAUGAUUUGAUUUUGUUUGUCGGAUCGAAAAUGGCACCAAAAUGUCAUUUAAAAAAAAAUGAAAUUGUUUUGUGUAUAUACAUAUAUUUCAAUAUGCCAUAUAAAUAUUGUGUUAAAACCGGAGUGCAAUAUGUUUCCCCCUUUAGUUUGAUGCUCAUUUACUAUGUCCUAUAUCGGAUCAUUGGAUGGAUUUUACAAAUUAAAUAUUUGUCAGAUUUUUUUUUUUAACAAAUAUUUUUACUAAACAAAUACUGUACAUAUAUUUUUUAAAAUCUGUAAUGUGGGAUUUUUUUUCUUCAUAAUAAUCUUUUUAAUUAUAUAUACAAAGCAUUUGAAAAGCUUUCAGAAAUGUGUUUUUUCGUGUUCUGUAAUUGUACAUAUUUUUAUCUCGUUUUUUUCUUGUUUAUAUAUACAUUUUUGUAAAUAUGGCUUAUUUUUUUAUGUAAUUGUUAUAUUUUGUACAUAUAUUUUAGUAUAGUGAGUGAAAUUUUCUUCUUUUUUUUGCCAUAUUCCUGAUAUUAUCUUCAUAGAACAAAGUAAAUUUUUAAAAAUUUAAUGUACAUAUAUCCGUGUUCUUCUAAUUUAGCAUAACCUUUUAAAAAUUUGUGUAGCAAUGAAAUGUGUAUUAUAAACAGAUAUAGAUAUGUAUGUAUGUAUAUAUAUAUAUUAAGAUAAGUGUAUUAUAUCGUUAUUUUGAACUUUUAAAUCACAGAAAUUAAUUGUACAGUUUUGUUUAUACAUAUCCCGCUGUAGUAAAAGAAGAAAAGAAAAAAACCAACCUUUUAUGUGUUCCAUUUUAACCCCUUUGUUUGCCAUUUUAGAUUUAAAUAUCAUCUCAUUUUUCAAAAGGGUAUUAUGUCCCCUUGAUAUAUAUAUAAAUACUGUAUUGAAAAGAAACAAUAUAAUAUUAUACAAAUUUAUCACUAAAUUUUAUCACAGAAAAUGCUGGAAACAUUUUCUUAACGUAACUGGUAUGUCAUUUUUGCACAAAAAUAUGAAAAGUUGAAACUUUUUUUUUUGAUAACAGUUUGCCUUUUUUAACACAAAACCUGUAUUAAUGGCUGUAAAGCUAUAUCUAAUGAAAUAUAUUUUUUUAAUGUUUGAAAUGCAAAAACAAUGUUGUUUCCAUAAACUCAAUGGUGAUUCUUGUCAAGAAUUGUAACAUAGUUUUAUUACACACUGUACUUACCUACUAAAAUGUUCUGGAACAAAAUAAGCAGAUUUUUCAAGUAAAGUUUGAUUUGUAAUAAUUUCAUGCAUGUGCCAUUUGCUAUAAAAGGAAUAUACAAACAUACUGAUUUCAUACAGGAAUUUUAGAAUCAUUCUUUUACAAAAUGCAAACAUUAAUUCUGAAAGCUAUACAGACAGCAGAUGUAUAGCUGUAUGUACUUUAAAAUGCUUUGCCAGAUUUACUGUUGAACUGCUUGAUCAUGAGAGAGCCCUUUCUAUCCAUUUUAUUGUUUGAUUGAAUCGCAUUUGUCAAUGUUUUUUUUAAAAUUUAACUUUCCUUACUGAAUAUUAAAUUUAAGGUUGUUGAAUAUUACAACGUGAGUUAUAGAGAUUAGUAAUAAAAUAUUUACACAUAUUAACUACAUUUUAUCGUAAUGCUGUUAUUUGAAACAUUGUAGAAUCAGACAGGUUCAGUUAAAGUUACGAGGCACUACAGCAACAGUCAGUUAAAACUGGAUGCAGUGAAAGCAAUUACCGAUAAACUAAGUUGCAGAUCUGUCUUAAAGGGAAUCCACUGAGGUUUUUUGACAUGGCAGGAUUGAAAAAGCUUUUUGAUUUGGCGGGGGGAUUUUUGGACCAAUAACUUGUGUGCAAAUAUUUAGACCAUUCUCUUACCUAUUUUUUCAGAGUAAUCAUUAUUAUUGUGCAAAAUGACGCAAAAAUGAAAAGCUUUUUAACACUUCACACAUUCAAAUCAGGCUAAGAAUUGCACACACAAAAAAAUUGAUAUGAUUAUAAUUCUGGGUAUAUUUCUUCAUUUUCCUUUUACAGAUUUUUCCAUUAAAGUGCUUCACAUUAUAUAUGUAAGAAUUUCAAAUUUUAUGUUUUAAGCUUUUUGACCUCAGUGGAGUUCCUUUAAGCAAUUACACAAAUGGAUAUUUGUACUUGAGACAAUAGAACCAUGGGCAUUUCUGUUGACACUGUAAGGAAUAAAUGAGCCGUGUCACGACAAAACCAACAUAAUGGCUUUGCGACCAGCAUGGAUCCAGACCAGCCUGCGCAUCCGCGCAGUCUGAUCAGGAUCCAUGCUGUUCGCUAUCAGUUUCACUACUUGUUAUAGAGUUUGUAAGCGAACAGCAUGGAUCCUGAUCAGACUGCGCGGAUGCGCAGGCUGGUCUGGAUCCAUGCUGGUCGCAAAGCCAUUAUGUUGGUUUUGUCGUGACACGGCUCAAAUGUCUUAAGUAAAUCGAACCUUUUAAAUUAAAAAUGAUUUUUGGUCUAUUUUCAAAGUUUUUGUGGCUCUAAACAUUAUAAGGUUCAUGGUAACGUUAAGAAAUUUUAUCACACACCCGUGCCGAUUUUGCGACUCCGUAAAUAUGGUAUUGCACGGCCGUGCAUAUAUUUUGACGUGACGUCAUUAGCGUUAUACAAACAUAGUGUAAAGACGCGCUAAAUGUUAGUGUUAUACUAUAGACGCGUCAAUGAAAAAUGACUCUUAUUUCACUUUAAACGGUCUUUAUUUUGGGUAUGUGAUAAAUAGAAUAUUAAAUUCGUGUAAGUUCAUUACUGAACUUAUUGCACUCGUUGAAUAAAAUAAUAUUAUUCAACUCGUGCAAUAAAUUCAGUAUUGAACUUACACUCAUUCAAUAUCCUCUAUAUGCUGUUUUGUUUUUAAUGCAAAUUAAAGUCAGUCAUUCAAAUGGCUUAUUGCUGAACUAGUGGUAUUGUUGUGAUGUUGAGCUAGAAAUAAAUAAACAACAAUUGUUAAUGUUUGAAAAAGGAAAAAAUACGGGGUAAUGUUGAUGUUAUUUUUGAGGUACGUUAAAGUUGAAACACAUUAUUUUUCUAAUCAUUUAUGUACAACAAGGUUUUGUUUUUUCUGCAUUGACAAUGAAAUUUCUAGUUAUUUGCUUCAUAACUUGGGUAGAUUUGAUCCACCUGUCAACAUUUAUGCUUCUGUUGAUUUUGAAUUGUUUGCGCUUAUAAUGUAACCUACAAAUUGAAAAAUUAAGUUUUGGACUUGUAAAGAUAUUUUGGCUUUUGUAUAACUUGCAAAAGGCAAAAAAAAAAAAAAAACAUGUGUUUUGUUAGCAUAUAAACCUUUGCCACCUUAAACCAAAGCCUGUUUGGUUUCUUUAAUUUUAGAAUAUUAAGGAUCCAACUUUACAGGAAGGCUAUAGCCAAAGUAAGGGGCAUGAUUUUCCAUGCCAUUUAAAUCAAACAUGAAUUUUCCAUGCAAAAAUAUUUGAAAUGAAAAUCCCAUGUUUAUUUUAAAAAAUGGCGGGAAUUCACAUUUUAUAUUUUGUAUGGAAAUUUCAUGUUUUAUAUAAUUGGCAUAAAAAUUCAGGUUUUAUAUGUAUUCAUGGAAAUUCAGGUUUUAUAUAAAUGGCUUUGAAAUUCAUAUUUAUAUAUUGCAUUGAAAUUACAUGUUGCUGUGACUACUGAUUAUAUAGACUUGGGCUGUACCAAAGUUGAAUGAUAUGAAAUUCCUAGAAAUAAAUUUAUCACAGUUUUUAGAUCAAUAUAAUACAAUGGAUUUAUUUAGAAUUUGUAAUGAUUAAAUGCUUAUCUUUAAGCAAAUUAGUAUAUCACACACAAAUAUUUGCUAGUUAAUCAUGUAUGGAACGGAAUCAAAAGAUUUUUGUUUACAUUUUUUUUUGUGCCAUAAUGUAUUAUUAUUAAUCUACAGCACUAAUAGGGCAAAUAAAAAAAAAUGGUGCAAGUUACCAUUAUCCUAGAAAGUAUUAUUGUUGUAUCUUUAUAACAGUAGUUUUGAACCCCCAUUACGCUGCUGGAACUGAAAAGAAAUUGGCCUUUGCCACCAGUAUAGAGCCAGGCCAGCCUGCACGUCCGUGCAGUCUGACCAGGCUCUAUACUGUUGGCUCACCAAGUAUAAAUUUUCAUCUGAUAUCCCACUGAAUUGAUAAUCUAGAGUAAGUUCUAAAAAAAAAUGCUGGUCAAAUUGAUUUGCUUCGCAUGUUAUAGAUUAGGCACUCGAAUGAGCAUAAUCAUGAACUGCCAUGUUGGUAUUCUCUGAAGAUUAUGACAUCACAGUGGGAAAAUGUUCUAAUAAUAGGUAUUAUGAAAACAGUCACAAUGAAAGGCAAGUGUCCACAGCUAUAUUUAGGUAUUAUGCAAAAUUAGCCAAUUGUUUGAUAUAGAAUAAGCAAAAUGAUAGUUGAUAUCGAAUAAACAAAAUGAUCUUCUGUUGCCAGAAGGAUUUUUCAUGUAAAAUUGAAAGAAAAUGAGAAUGAAUCAGUCAGCUUGGAAAUAAUAAAUAAAAAAAAUAACAAUUUGAUAACCAAAAAAAAAUGUAAAGAUUAUGCAAUAAUCCGAGAUGCUUUUAUAACCAGUGAAGAUGAUUUUGGUAACCAGUAGAUAAGUACAUUAACCAAUUCAGCAAGCAAUUUUAUUUUACUAAUUACCCGAUGUUAAUAAAUAAAUUAAAUAGAUUGGUCAGUCAAUUUCUUAACAAGUACAUGUAGCUAAAUUGAUCGACAAAGUGUUAUUGAAUUACUUUUACGAAUGUAAGUUGACAAUUUUUUAUCUUCCGAAAUACAUGUAUUUACAUUAUUCGACAUCAGCAUAUAACUGCCGUAGAUGUAUUAUUGUUCUUUCUUAUUUGGGAGGACAAUUUUAAUUAUAGAUCUUUCUUCAUGUUGGAGUUGAUCAUUUUUAAAAGAUGACAUUUUUGUACAUUUGUUAUCAUCUUUCUGUUUUAUGUAACAUAGUGUUAGUUCAUACUGUUAACCUUUACCCUGCUGGCAACUGGAUCAGAGCCCGGCCAGUCUGCACAUCUGUGCAGUCUGACCAGGCUCGAAACUAUUGGCUGUACGCUCUACACUAGUGGCUGAGCUAAACUUUGAAUUUUCAUCUUGAUAUCCCCAAAAUUGAUAAUGGACCAUCCCAAAACUGGAAACUGGGCAAGUUCUUUUCAGAAAUUCAGCAGGUUAAAGGUUAAUUAUCAAAGGUCAUAGCAUCAUGCUUUAUGGUAUGGUUAAUGUUUUUUAGUGUGUUUUUGUUACUGACAUAACAUAUAAUGUUUAAUUGAAUAAAGAAUAUUAUGAUAAUUACUUUGAAAGUAUUUUUGACUUUUGAGUACUUCAUAUUGAUUGAAAAAAUUAUAUACUUGAAUGGAACAGUUAACAAAUAUUGGUUGAAUAAAAAAUUAUAUACUUGAAUUGAACAGUUAACAGAUAUUGGUUGAAUCUAAUUAUAUUUUGUACACAAUCAAUUCUGCUUUGAUAAACUGAUUGUAAUUUUGGAAAAACGUAGUUUCAUUUGUUGUCUAUGAUGGGUCGUCCCUUACAUGUUCAACUGUAUUUUGACUACAUUGUUCAGUUCAGUGUUUUGUAAAGUUUUUAGGUCCAUCUUGAAGCAUGGUGUUUUGAUGUAGAAUCAACUUUUAAAAGUAGUGAUCUCCCUUGUUAUUUGUCCCUGUAUAGUUGAUAGGGGAAAUAAUUAUCAUGACAUGUUGAAGAAACCAUUUAUAAUGCAUUUGUGUGAGCUUAUCAAUGUUAUUUAUGACUUUGUUGUGACUAUAAUAAAAUGUUUAGAGAUUGAAA